CAUUACCGGUGCAGUGUCCUGCUGCUGCAACUCUGUCUGCUUCCACCACAAAUCAAGGACAUGAACAGCAGGAGCCUUGCCCACAGUGGCACUAUGGUCCUCCAAGAGGAAAUGAUUGUGGGAGCAUUAUUUUUCUCUCUGUUUGGUGCUUCGGUUCAGAGAAAUGACAAUGGAGCAAUGCAAUCUUCUGCAAUGAGCUGUGAUUGGCAAUGGAAUUGUUGGCGUGUGCUCUACCGCCCUCCCUUUAUCUGCGCCCUAAUAGGCUCAUCCGUGGACCUCCUCAGCACAUAUACAUACCCCUCCUCUGAAACACUCCACGGCGUAGUGUGGCAUGUCGGAAGGCAGGCAAAGGAAGAGCCAGUUAAUAUUACUAAUGAGCCAUUUUACAGAAACCGAACGGAAUACCUUACACAUUCACUGACAUCUUCCACUUUGAGAAUAAGAGAUUUGAGAGAGGGGGACUCGAGAGAGUACCGUUUCCGGUUCUUUACCCAUAAGAAUAGGUUUACUGGUGUUCCUGGAAUCCACCUGUCUGUCACAGGUCUAGAGGUGAAAGUAUCAACUGACAUGGUGACUGAGGGUCAGCAUGUGACACUGACCUGUAGCACCACCUGCACGCUGAGUCCGAGCCCUCCUUAUGUCUGGUACAGAAAUGGACAGCCUGUAACUCACAGACACCACGGCAGAGACAAAGACUUCCAUCUCAGUUCAGUCAGCACAGAAGAUUCUGGACAUUAUUCCUGCGCUGUGCAAGGACAUGAGCAGCUGACCAGCCCUUCAGUAGGCAUAGAUGUCCGAUAUUCUCCAAAGAACACAUCAGCAUACAUAUGUCCUCCUGGUGAAAUAUCAGAGGGCAGUUCAGUGACCCUGGUGUGCAGCAGCUCUGCUAACCCACCGGUGAACACGUACACCUGGUUUAGGAGCACUGGAGCUGGAAGCACGCGGGUAGGUUCAGGAGGACAGAACCACAGCAUCCCAAACGUCAGCUCUGCUCACAGUGGGGAGUACCACUGCAGCGCCGUAAACAGUGUUAAUGAAGCUAGUUCUGCUUCCUUAACGCUAAAUGUGAAAUAUCCUCCAAGGAGCCCUAAAACUGUCACGAGUCCCUCUGGUGAGGUAGUGGAGGGUAAUAGCGUGACCUUGACCUGCAGCAGCGAGGCCAACCCACCAGUGCAUACAUACACCUGGUACCAGAGGAGAGGAGCUCUCAGCUCAGAGAUCGGAGUAGGACAGAAUUAUAGCAUAUCAAACAUGACAUACGGAGACAGUGGGGCAUACUACUGCCAGGCGGAAAAUGUCAAAGGAUCAAGGAAUUCCACACCCAUCUUUGUAGAUGUUUUAUAUGCCCCCAGGAACCUCUCUGUGUCUGUCAGCUCCUUUGAUGGUGCCAUCACUCUGAUCUGCAGCUGUGAUGCCAACCCGCCAGUGAAACAUUACACCUGGCACAAGAGGACUGGAACAGGCACCUCUCAGAGAGCCACUGGGAGAAAUCUAACACUGGAAUCUGCAGAGAGUGGUUUGUACUACUGUGAGGCCAAGAAUGAGGUUGGAGCUGCCGAGUCCAACUCACUCCCCAUAUCAGAAAAAAAUACUGCUGGGAUCUAUGCAGUAGUUGUAAUUGUAGUAAUCGCAGGACUUGUUAUUCCCAGUAUUUUAUUGAGAAAGAAAAGAAAUAGCGUAACUGAAGUCAGGGAGGGCACUACUGACAGUGAACAGGAUUGCUCAAGUCCAGUGUAUGUCAAUGUUUCAAGAGUGGCCAUGACCUUUGACCGCAAAAAGGAGAGUGAGGACGCAGAGAAUGACAUCCAUUACACCAGUGUGUAUUUCAAGCACUGUGACAAACAGGACAUGUCUUUAAACUCCACACUUCAGAAGUCAAUGCCCCCUCUACAGGAAGAGGAAGUACUGUACAGCACAGCGAAACCUCAUCACGCGUCACACGAGGAAGUACUGUACAGCACAGUGAAAUGAAAUCUCACCACGCGUCACAUGACUUGUAGAACAUGACCAAGACAGUCGAUGUGAUUUAAGCUUCCAUGAGAAAUGUGAGUCUAUUGUUUGAACGGAGGUGUAGUAUAAAGUCCCCCUUCACCAACACUCCAAAUCAUUUAUCCAAAUCAUGUUGCUGUCAAGACUGUCAAAAUGAAGACUAAAUCCUCAUUACAGGGUGGCAAGAAUAUGUUUACAGUUACUUUUAACAUCAGUGGGGAAUACAUGGGCAUUAAGUGGGUAUAUACAUGUAUCAAAAACAUUGUAAGUACUCCCUCUAGUUGUGGUCAGGUAUCUAGUUGUGGUAUGCGCUAUAAGCAAUGUGGGGAAAAAAACGAUCUUGGAAUGUAACGAUAGACUCAACUCAUGAUACAAUGUACAAUUUUCAGUUCACGAUUCUUUUAACAGAAUAUGGUGCAUACAAAUUAUGAGUGAAAAAUAUUCCUUCAUUUAUAUAAACUGAGAGAAACACAAGGUCUUAAGUCGUUGCCACCUAAGUGUCCCAGGUAAUGUGUAGGCAAUUCAGUCUAUUCUGGCGCCUUAGUGAGGUUGUUUAAAAUCACAAUAAUCUUUUGACCAAUCUGACUUUACUAUUAUUACCUGCCAAGCUGUAGCAGCAGAUGAACAGGCAUUAUUCACAUAGACGUUUAAAAGCCUGUAUUUAAUUUUCUGUUGACUCCAUUGCCGAAUCUUUUAAUACAUGUUGUCAUAUGUGUUCCAUUAAAUCAUUUAGUAGAUAUUGUACUGGGGUUAUGAAGUUUUUCUUUAUUUUCUGUGCCGAAUCUU